AUGGAAGACGCCCACACAAAACACGUGGACGAACUUCUGACCUACUUUCAAACUUGCCCUGAAACCGGUUUGGAUGAUGAGCAGGUCAGCUGUAACCAGGAAAAGUAUGGGCCGAACGAGUUGCCCGUUGAAGAAGGCAAAUCUUUAUGGGAGUUGAUAUUGGAACAGUUUGAUGAUCUGCUGGUCAAGAUCCUCUUACUGGCCGCCAUUGUUUCAUUUGUGUUGGCCUGGUUUGAAGAGAAUGACGAUCAGAUAACAGCAUUUGUUGAGCCAUUCGUCAUCCUUCUCAUCCUCAUCGCCAAUGCUGUCGUUGGCGUUUGGCAGGAACGCAACGCAGAGGAUGCGAUUGAAGCCCUGAAGGAAUACGAACCGGAAAUAGCGAAAGUCAUAAGGAAGAACCACAAGGGUAUCCAAAAGAUCAAGGCCAGGGAACUGGUACCUGGAGAUAUUGUUGAUGUGUCUGUGGGUGACAAGGUACCAGCCGACAUUCGCCUUCUUAAGAUCUUUUCCACAACGCUGCGGGUCGACCAAGCCAUUCUCACUGGAGAGAGUGUCUCAGUGUUGAAGCACACGGAUCCAAUACCAGAUCCAAGAGCUGUCAAUCAAGACAAAAAGAAUAUCCUUUUUUCGGGAACCAACAUAGCGAUAGGUAAGUGCAGAGGUGUCGUUACCGGUACGGGCCUCAAUACUGAAAUUGGUAAGAUUCGGACGGAGAUGAGUGAGACGGAAAGCGAGAAGACUCCCCUGCAGCAGAAGCUCGAUGAAUUCGGUCAACAACUCUCCAAGGUGAUAUCCAUCGUAUGCAUAGCCGUCUGGGCGAUCAACAUCGGUCACUUCAAUGAUCCAGCUCACGGCGGGUCUUGGAUCAAGGGAGCGAUCUACUACUUCAAAAUCGCUGUAGCCCUGGCAGUUGCGGCCAUCCCGGAGGGACUGCCAGCGGUCAUCACGACCUGUCUGGCCUUGGGUACUCGUAGAAUGGCAAAAAAGAAUGCCAUCGUGAGAAGUCUGCCCUCCGUCGAAACGCUGGGCUGCACCUCGGUCAUCUGCUCUGACAAAACUGGAACGCUGACCACUAACCAGAUGUCUGUUUGCAGGAUGUUCGUAUUCGGUAGCAUUCAGGAGGGACAAGCAUCCACCUUACAGUUUGAAAUCAGUGGCUCCACAUACGCCCCAGAAGGAGAAAUCUCUCUUGGAGGUCGGACAGUGAAGUGUGGCGAGUACGAUGCCUUGGUUGAACUGGCAACCAUCUGCUCCAUGUGCAAUGACUCCAGUGUUGAUUACAAUGAGUCGAAAGGCAUGUACGAGAAAGUUGGGGAGGCGACGGAGACUGCUCUGACGGUGCUGGUUGAGAAGAUGAACGUCACUAACGUCAACAAAGUGGGAUUGAAUGCGAAGGAAGUGGGAACUGUUUGCAACAGAGCCAUCCAGGAAACCUGGAAGAAGGAAGUUACGUUGGAGUUUUCCAGAGAUAGGAAGUCCAUGAGUGUCUACUGCACACCGAAUGCAAACGCCAAGCAUAAGUUUGGUGAUGGUCCGAAGAUGUUUGUCAAGGGAGCCCCGGAAGGUUUGUUGGAGAGAUGUCAGUACGUCCGUUGUGGCACUCAGAAGGUGCCGAUGACCGCAGAACUGAAGGCAGAAAUAUACAAACACGUCAGAUUCUACGGAACUGGUAGAGACACACUGCGUUGUUUGGCACUGGCAACUAUUGAUGCCCCGUUGAACAAAGAUGAGAUGAGUUUGGACGAUUCAACCAAGUUUGCUAGAUACGAGUCGCAAUGUACAUUCGUUGGUGUGGUCGGCAUGUUGGACCCCCCUCGAAAAGAAGUGGUAGAUGCCAUCAAAGAGUGCAGGUUGGCCGGGAUCAGAGUAAUUGUCAUCACUGGCGACAACAAAGCAACAGCAGAAGCGAUCUGUCGACGCAUCGGCAUCUUCUCUGAAUCAGAAAGAACUGACGGCAAGUCGUUCACGGGCAGGGAGUUUGACGACUUCUCCCCAAAGAACCAGGCCAGGGCCGUGAGACAUGCCCGCCUGUUUGCCAGAGUUGAACCUUCCCAUAAGAGUAAAAUUGUUGAGUACCUUCAAGCCGAUGGGGAAAUAUCCGCCAUGACAGGAGAUGGAGUGAACGAUGCUCCGGCUUUGAAGAAAGCUGAGAUUGGGAUAGCAAUGGGAUCGGGAACGGCAGUUGCGAAAUCGGCUUCCGAGAUGGUGCUCGCAGACGACAACUUUUCGACGAUCGUGGCUGCUGUGGAGGAGGGCAGAGCCAUCUACAACAACAUGAAGCAGUUCAUUAGAUAUCUCAUCUCAUCUAAUAUCGGAGAGGUGGUGUGCAUUUUCUUAACGGCAGCCCUUGGCAUGCCAGAAGCCCUCAUUCCCGUGCAACUGUUAUGGGUGAACCUGGUCACGGAUGGUCUGCCAGCGACGGCUCUCGGAUUCAACCCCCCCGAUCUCGACAUCAUGAGCAAACCUCCAAGAAGUUCGAAGGAGCCCCUCAUUAGCAACUGGUUGUUCUUUCGUUACAUGGCUGUUGGCUGUUACGUCGGUAGCGCCACGGUUGGUGCUGCCGUCUGGUGGUUCACUUUGUACAGCGAAGGCCCUCAACUAAACUAUUACCAAAUGACCCACCACAUGCAAUGUUUGGUGCAAGAUGAGAGGUUCAAAGGGGUGGAAUGUGAAAUUUUUGAGGACCCCCACCCUAAGACAAUGGCUCUGUCCGUACUUGUGGUCAUCGAAAUAUUCAACGCCCUUAACAGCAUUUCAGAGAAUCAGUCGCUACUUGUGAUGCCUCCCUGGUGCAACCUGUGGCUCGUGGCCGCCAUCGCCCUCUCCAUGACCUUGCACUUCCUCAUUCUCGAAGUCGACUUUCUGGCUAACGUAUUUCAAAUAACUCCCCUAAACUUGGAAGAGUGGUUUGCAGUCAUCAAAUUCUCCUUCCCCGUCAUACUGAUCGAUGAGGUCCUCAAGUUCAUCGCCAGGAAAGUUACCGAUGAAAGGUUCACCGACAGCCAGGGCACCGGAUAG